AACGGUGUCGAUGUAAUUCUCCUACUGACCUGCGGGAGGCAGCAAAACACCUCUGCUCCGUUUAGUCUGCUGUAAAUGACAUCAACAGAGGAAGAAGAAGAAGCAGACCCUGAACAGCAGCUAAUUUAGCUCCCACAAGAAAAUGGACACGAGGUUUACUCGAGGGAAAUCCAACAUCUUAGAGCGGCCCUUGACCCGACCAAAGACGGAAGUCAGCGUGAGCGCCUUCGCCCUGCUGUUCUCUGAGAUGGUCCAGUACUGUCAGAGCCGAGUGUACUCUGUAACCGAGCUGCAGACCCGGCUGGCAGACAUGGGCCAGAGCGUCGGAGCCAGCAUGCUGGAUGUGCUGGUUCUGAGAGAGAAGAACGGCAAGAGGGAGACCAAAGUGCUGAACAUGCUGCUCUUCAUCAAGGUUAAUGUGUGGAAGUCUUUGUUCGGGAAGGAGGCAGACAAGCUGGAGCAGGCCAACGACGACGACAAGACUUAUUACAUCAUAGAGAAAGAGCCGCUUAUCAACGCCUACAUCUCUGUGCCGAAGGAGAACAGCAGCUUGAACUGUGCCGCCUUCACUGCCGGCAUCGUGGAGGCCAUCCUCACUCACAGCGGCUUCCCCGCUAAGGUCACCGCUCACUGGCACAAAGGCACCACUCUCAUGAUCAAGUUUAACGAGUCGGUUAUCGCCAGGGACAAGGCGCUGGAUGGCAGAUAAGAAAGACUGAACAUGGUGAAUUGUGUUGUAAAUGGAUAGGGGAUCAGGAUUGAUCAUCAAAGCUCAGGCUGGUGUUUGUUCCUGAUGCGUGGAUGAUUUAUUGUCCUCGUGGUAACUGAUGAGAAAAGACGACUUUAUGGAUGAAUGACUGCGCUGCACUGAGCCACAUGUAGAGCAGAAAAGAUGCAACUAGUUGGUUUUGUGGAUCAUCUCUCACUCGUUUUACCUCAUGAAGUUGUUUAGAUCACUUUUUGUUUGUAGUUUGUUUUGGUUACAUGGUUACUCCACAGAUAAUCCAUAAAAGAUAAAGAUAUCAGAUCAUAGUUUCACAGCAUCAUUCAGUUGUUUUCAUUGGUGGAUCUCUGAUUCUUAAGAGCACCUGUCACCAUAUUUUAUUUCACCCUUUGAGGCACAACAUGGGUCAAGAGGUACCCAUUUUCUAUUGAUUAUGGAUCACUUUUGACCCAUGUUUGCAUCAAAGGGUUAAAUGGCUUCAAUCAAAUAACCUCUUGGGCUGUUUAUAGACUAUGUAAUGAAUCAAAUAUGUCCAAAUUAGACUGGUACAUUGAACAACAACCUACUAAAUGGUGACCAACAAAGUUACACAUUCUUCCUUUUUAAAAUGUUCAUUAGAAAAUACAGUUUUUUAACGACUAAAUAUUUUAUUUUCCUUUUUUUUCUGAUUCAUUCCAGUUCAAUCUCAGCUUUCAUCUCUGUAAAAUAGCAUCUUCAUCUGGAACAGCGAGGUUGUGUAGUCACUAUUUGUGUUUUCUUAUACUUUUAUUAUAAAUGUGUGGAUUCAAGGUUUGUAAAACACAAGGCAGUUUACAUUCUACAGUUUAAAACUUGAACACGGAAGAUGUUUGAGAAGAUAUGACUGCUGUUAAGCCGACUAAUAAAAAUGGAAAACAUG